UCUGUCAGGUGGUCUGCCUAUAUCUUACCUGGGGAUCCCUGCCCAACCCAAUCAAUCCUUUCUACUUAUCUUUCUUUGUUGGCCGAUUCACUAUUUCUUCUAUUCUGCUUCCUAGUUAAUAACGAUCCUCCUUUCACUCCUUAGAGUUCUCUCAUACAAAGUCCUUCACUCCACAUUCCCCGGUGUAUUAACAUCAAGAACUGAAUAAGAGAAAUGGCUGAACACGAGAUCCUCACUACUUCUGCUCCUCCAACAUCCUCACCAUCACCACCAGUACCUCUCAUCCAACAUCUUAUUAUCACCACCGCUACCAGCAGCAGCAGCAACCAAUCCUCCACCCCAUGCAGAACCACAACCACAAUCGCAUCCUCACCCCCAUCUCCAUCCCCGACACCACCAACACCAACGACAAAAACAUGACCCUCCGCCGCUGGCUUUCCCUAAAACCCAAACCCAAAGCAAAAUCUACCCCGAAUCUAUCCCAAUCCAUCACCACCACCGCAAAACCAAGAGGAUUGUUCCGCUCUAAGACACCUGCACCCACAUCUAUACCGAUACAUACCGAUCCAAAUCCCCUCACCAAUCCCACAUCCACAAAUACUCCACCCGCAUCAACCGUCACUACAAACCCACCCCAAACAGGACCUCCAAACCCACCUCCACCCCCAACCCGCACACGCACCCCUCUUUCCAUCCUCAACCUAAACCUGCACUUCAAUCUCACCUUCACCCCCAAAGGCGCAAACCCAAACCCAAACCCAAACCCAAACCCAGACGCAGACGCAGACACCGACGCAACAUCCACCACCACCGCCUCCACAACGAGAACAACUUCCCACCUCAUACCCCAAACCACCUCCGAACAAGAACUCACUUCCUCUUACGCAGCGUACUGCGAGGCGUUUACCUCGGGUCUAACGGACGAGAAUUAUCUGCAUGCGUCGGUGGAAGAUGAACAAUCACUUCAACAACUACAGCAACAGCAACAUACAGUUCAAUCUGCGGAAGGGAGGGGGAAGGAGAAAGGGCCUGUCUACGAUGUUGAAAUGCAAACGGAUACGAGGAUGGAUAUGAGACUGGAGGGAGGGGAGGAAGAGGAUGACGAUAGAGUUCUCCCAUCGAGAGAUGAUCAGAGGGAGGUAUUACAUUGGUUGCGGAACCCGGACGAUCAGGAUCAGGAUCAAGAUGACUCCGUGGAGCAUCGUCGGAUCUCUCCCCCCGCCAGAAUCCUCACACCUGCUCGGUACGAACAGUCGCGACGGGCAGUCAGAUUACAGCAGCGCCGCCAGGACCGGUGGAAGCGCGAACAGCAACAGCAGCAGCGCCAUGCAUGGUGGACAGCCAUCCGGACAGGGUGGGCGCGGGUGCGCCGACGAGCGGGCGAGGCUGCCAACCCCGAGAACAAUAGGCACAAUAGGCAGGGCUACAAUUAGGCUCAGACAAUGCUGCACUGCAUCCACGGCAAGAAAAAAUCAAUAAUUCGUGCAACGUCGCUAGCCCAAUAGGAUCCCCAGGAAUGGCCGCAAGGGAUG